CAGAGGCAGCGAUUAUAUUGGGAGGAAAUUUCCACCUGGUUCUGCUCUCUCCACCUCACGGGGCCCGCUGCUCUCGGCUCCUGCAGUGUUCACUGUCUGUCGGACGGACCUCCUCCAGACCUCCUCUGCCAUGCUAGGAGACCAGGCACUGUGAAACUUCCAUCUGCCAUUUUUAAAACCAAUUGGCCCUUUUUUGGGGGGCGUAAAAACAUGUCCCCUGUGAUUUCGUGGAGGGACUGAUUUCCACCAGGCCACAGCAUCCAUUGGUACCCUGUGCAAGCGGGGUUGCCAAGGAGAAACUUUGUUUUAUUUCCACUGUAAGGAUAACUAUACAUGUAUUUUACAAUAAGGGAUCAGACCUGAAGUAACGUCCUCAGCGCACCAUGGCUGACGUCACAGCCGAAGAUUCCGUGUCUUUUCCAAGCCCAAGUCCAGAUUCAGAGCCAGUGAUGGAGCCGAGCAGCACCGCUGCCAGUGACAGUACCAACGGGGCAGUGAUUCCGGAAGAGGCCCCGCCCAAGGCGCCGGAACCCCGAAGUCUGUUCUCCGCCCUCAGCUCGCCCCUGAUAUGGCUGCUGCUGCUCCUCUUCCUCAUCGCUUCCUCCGCCGUCGCUGUCAUCAUGUUCGAUGUGGUGGAUUACAAACGGUUGACAGGAGCACAGCCCCCCGGUAUCAUCCUCGCCAUCAAGCAGGCAGAGAGCCUCACAGGAGGCAUUUUUGAAAUGGGCUUCGAUCCCACGAAAGUCGUUAAUGAAGCAGUGGAGGAGUUCGCGGACUUGAAAAACACGCUCCUGACCAUACUAUCUAACGUCUUAAUGGAUGAAGAUGACUCACCACAUUCAGUGAGAAAGAAAGGUGAAUUUCUUCCACCAAGGAGACCGAUAGAAGGAGACUACCUGCCUGCCAAGAAGAAAGAAAAGCUGGAGAGGAAAGAAGAUGACAGUACUGUGGUGAAGAAGGUCGUGGUGCCCAUCAAUGUCACGGUUGUGGAGGAGGAAGAGGAUGAUGAAGAGGACCAUGAUGGCGCCAAAGACGUUGGUGUCGUUGAUGAUGGCAAAGAUGAAAUCAAAAAAGAGGCUGAGGACGAUGAAAUUGAAGAUAAAGACAGUGGUGAAAUCAGUGAUGUGAAAGCUGCUGAGAUUGCUGCUGUCGACGAUGAUGAAGAUGAUGAAGAUGUCCCAAACAGAGAAAUUAUACAUGCUGAAGAGCUCAUUAAAACUGAGGUGACACGCGAUGAUGAUGAGGAGGACAAGGACGACAAAGAAAAAGCUGACGAAGAUAUAAUUGAUGCUGGCCACAUACUGGACAAUGCUGAGGAAGAUAAGGAUGAAGGCGAAGAAGAGGAGGAAGGUUUAGACACGGACGAAAUCAGCAUUGUUGCCAGCCCAGACGGAAGCGACUGGGACGACUCAAACGAUGAGAACAACAACAAUAAUGAAGGCAAGAGAGACAAAGCCAAAACCACCAAAAGAAACAGACAUGUACCAGUUAAAAUUCAGAGGGCGACAGUGUACAAAGCUGCAGACUCAGACAAAGAGAAUGUUGAUGAUCGCCACGGACAACAGACAAAAGAAAAAGCUGCGCCGGAGGAAGAAAAGGUGAAGUUGCCUGCAAAAGCUGAAAAGGCAAAGCCAGAGGAGAAGGUGGUGGAAAAAACAAAGCCCACCGCUAAGCCCACAGUGGAGACGGCAAAGCCGGAGCCCGAAGAGGCAGAACCUGGAAAGAAGCCAGUCAAAGAGGUGAAGAAAGAAGUAAAGGAGGCAGAACCUCCUAAAAAGAAAGAAACUCAUGAAGUGAGAAAAGCAGAUAAAGUUGUAAAGGUUGAACAGAAACCAGGCAAGAAAGAAAAAGAAGAAAAGAAAGAAGGUAUGUGCUCUUUCCAAGAUUUAUACCACAUGCCUCCAGAGAAAUGA